AUGUCCAUCAGCAUUAUAAUCCUCCUGUUGUUGCUGCUUUCCUGCACCGCAGAUGUUCAGUGCCAACUCUCGUUGAUCAAGAAUCAACACCAUUCCAUUGGCACAGUCAAUGUUCAAGUCAACAUUUUGACCAAUCCGAUGUCAUUCAAACAUUAUUGGAAGCGAUCGGUAGGAUCUUGCCAUGCAACCUUUUGUUUGAGAGCUGAUUGGAGAGAACAACUUAAAAUUGCACAAAAGGAGUUGGGUUUUUAUGGAAUUCGGUUCCACGGUAUUUUUGAUGAUGAUAUGAGUGUGGUACUACCAAAACGACAUGAUCCAAACACCUUAAUUUAUUCAUUCUAUAAUGUUGACAAUUGUUAUGAUUUUCUUGUCAAGGAAAUGAAAAUGAAACCAAUUGUAGAGUUGAGUUUUAUGCCUCAAUUAUUAGCUAGUGAUCCAAGUAAAACCAUCUUCCAUUACAAUGGUGGAAUUUCACCUCCAAAGAGUAUGAAACAAUGGAAUGAUUUAAUUUAUAACUUUGUUUCACAUUUGGUACUGCGAUAUGGAAUUGAUGAAGUUUCUACAUGGCAUUUCGAGGUUUGGAAUGAACCAAACUUGAGAAAUACAUUCUGGACUGGAACUCAACAAGAUUACUUUAAUCUAUAUAAUAACACAGCACAUGUCAUUAAAUCAAUCAGUCCAAGAUUGAAAGUUGGUGGACCUGCAACUGCCGGAUCUGGAUGGAUUCAAGAUUUUGUGAAUUAUGUUCGAUCUAAUAAUGUACCAAAUGAUUUUGUCUCAACUCAUGAAUAUCCAACAGAUAUUGAACCAUUAGCAACAGAUACGUUGAUUAAGGUUGCAAAACAAAGUAGAAGUAUUGUAGGUUCGAACACUCCUCUUUUUUACACGGAGUGGAAUGCUGGACUUGGAGAUCUUGGAAGUGGUACCUAUUUCUAUCAAGAUUCAAGUUAUCCUGCUGCCCUUAUAACAAGAACACUUUUUUCAUUGAACAAUGUAGUCGAUGUUUAUUCUUAUUGGACAUUCAGUGAUCUCUUUGAAGAACAUGGUCAAUACUCAGAAGUUUUCCAGGAAGGAUUCGGAAUGAUGACUAUUUAUUCUAUUAGAAAGCCAGUUUGGAGAGCAUUCCAAUUAAUGGCCAAGUCAGGAGAUGAAUUAUAUAAUGCUACUAGUGACACCACUAGCACUGUAGAUGUAUAUACCACUCUCAAUAGAGAUACCAGAGAAGUUAUGAUAUUUGCAUCAAAUUAUCAAGUUCCCUCACUUCCUGGAAGUAGCUAUGUGGUUAGCAUCAAAGUCAACACAAAUUUAAAUUUCAAGAAUUGUGUGGAAAGUGUUAUUGAUGAAACACAUUCCAACGCCUUUACUCGUUGGCAUCAAAUUGGUUCUCCUACUUACCCAACAGAGGCUCAAAUCAAAGACCUUAAUGAUGCAUCACUGUUGUUUACCCAACCCAUCACUCCCAAAGAUGGUAAUGUGUUUGUGAUUCAAAUGGAGAAUCCUUCUUUACAUGUCAUUACAUGUAAUGUUUAA